AUGCUGAACCAUACGGUUGAACACCGACUGCCAAUCAUCGCCCUUUGCCAUGGUCCUACCCUCCUGGCCAGCUUGGACAUCGAGAUCAAUGGUCGAAGUGAGAAACUUGUGAAAGGCAUCGAAGUUGCCGCGCUCCCGGCUUUGGAGCCAAUGGUCCAUGCACAAGGAAAGCUGGAGCCUCAAUUCAGCUUCUACACUUGGAAGACACACGAGGUACUUGCUGAGGCGGGAGCUGUUGUUGACGAAGAAACGGACUUGAAGGAUAUGACCGUAGUCACGACUGGUGUCCGAGACGGAUUACGCAUCGCAACGGGCCCUGGGCCCCAGACUGCUCGGAAUCUGGUCAAGGCUACAAUCUCUGCAAUCAACAACAGCACUAAGAGAAUGUGA